UUGGUUGGGAGGUUUCGAGACGCCCGUGGAAGGCGGAAGCGGAAGCCGCACGUGGAGCCGGCGAGGAGCUGUCGCAGUUUCUGGAAACUUCUGCCUAUUGUCAUAUUUAAGCCUUUCGUCUGGAGGCAGAGAUUUUCGCGCGCGGGGAGAGGAGGGUGCGGCUGUGGCUGAGCACGGAUUCUACCUGCAGUGGGUCGCGCAGAGGGAGGCGGUUCCCGUUCCACCCCAUAUUUUUGGCGAGGUGAUAUUGCAAGGCAGAGAGGGAUUUGCCUUCCAGGAGCGGCCGGUGUUAAAGGAGCCCAGUCAUGGCUGUGGUGGGCUUUGACCUGGGCUCGCAGAGUUGCUACAUCGCGGUGGCCAAAGCCGGCGGCAUAGAAACGGUGGCCAACGAGUUCAGUGACCGAUGCACUCCGUCAGUGGUGUCAUUUGGGUCCAAAAACAGGGCAAUUGGAGUGUCUGCCAAAAAUCAGCUAAUUACCCAUGCAAAGAACACGGUGUUUAACUUCAAGAGAUUUCAUGGCCGUACAUUUAAUGAUCCUUUUAUUCAGAAGGAGAAAGAGCAUUUGAGCUACUCUGUAAUUCCAAUGGAAAAUGGAAAUGUUGGAAUAAAGGUUAUGUACAUGGAUGAAGAACAUUUAUUUAGUGUGGAGCAGAUAACUGCUAUGCUGCUGACUAAACUGAAGGAGACUGCUGAGAAUAACCUCAAAAAGGCUGUAUCAGAUUGUGUUAUUUCGGUUCCAUCUUUUUUCACUGAUGCCGAAAGGAGGUCUUUGCUGGAUGCUGCUCAGGUUGUGGGAUUAAAUUGUCUCAGGCUAAUGAAUGAUAUGACAGCAGUGGCUUUGAACUAUGGGAUUUACAAGCAGGACCUUCCAGUUCCAGAAGAGAAGCCACGAUUAGUGGUGUUCAUUGAUAUGGGUCAUACAGCAUUUCAAGCAUCCGCCUGCGCUUUUAACAAGGGUAAAGUGAAGGUGCUUGGUACAGCUUUUGAUCCCUUCCUAGGAGGAAAAAACUUUGAUGAAAAACUAGUGGAUCACUUCUGUGCUGAAAUACAAGCCAAGUACAAACUGGAUCCAAAAUCAAAAAUACGUGCCCUUCUUCGUUUGUAUCAGGAGUGCGAGAAGCUGAAAAAGCUAAUGAGCUCAAACGGCACAGAUAUCCCACUUAAUAUUGAAUGCUUUAUGAAUGAUACAGACGUGUCUGGAAAGAUGAAUAGAUCCCAAUUUGAAGAAUUGUGUGCUGACCUCUUGCAAAAAAUAGAGAUUCCCCUUCGUUCCUUAAUGGACCAAAUUGAGCUCAAAGUGGAUGAUGUGCAUGCUGUUGAAAUUGUAGGUGGAGCCACGCGUAUUCCAGCUGUUAAAGAGAAGAUUGGAAAGUUCUUUGGCAGAGACGUCAGCACAACUCUGAAUGCAGAUGAAGCAGUCGCAAGAGGCUGUGCUUUGCAGUGUGCAAUUCUCUCUCCAGCUUUUAAAGUUCGAGAAUUCUCCAUCACUGAUGCAGUUCCAUUUCCAAUAUUGUUACGCUGGAGUACAGAGUCAGAAGAUGCUGAAGGAAUUCAUGAAGUGUUCAGUCGACAUCAUGCAGCUCCUUUCUCCAAAGUCUUGACUUUUUACAGAAAAGGCCCAUUUGAACUCCAGGCUUUCUAUUCUGAUCCCAGUGGCAUCCCCUACCCUGAGAAAAUGAUUGGCAAAUAUGUUAUCCAGAAUAUUGCCGCUCAAAAUGAUGGGGAGAAAACUAAAGUCAAGGUCAAAGUCCGCAUCAAUACUCAUGGCAUUUUUAGUAUCUCUACUGCAUCUAUGGUGGAGCAGAUGAAAAUAGAAGAGAGUGAAAAUCACAGUGUUGAGGAUGAAGUAGACGCUCAGAAUCAAAAACUUUCUGCAGACAGUGAUAACAGUAUCCAGCAAGGCAACAGUGAAGCUGGAGCUCAGCCCCAGGUACAAAUAGAUGGUCUGCAAACAUCACAGUCUCCCCCUUCUGAGCCGCCUCCUGAAGAAAACAAAAUCCAAGAUGCAAAAAAAGGAAAAGAAAAGAAAAAUGAUCAGCCUCCUGAAGCAAAGAAGCCCAAAAUAAAAGUGAAGAAUGUUGAGUUGCCUAUUGAGGCUAACUUUGUCUGGCAGCUUGGAAGAGACCUGCUGAACAUGUACAUUGAAACAGAGGGCAAGAUGAUCUUGCAAGACAAACUGGAGAAGGAAAGAAAUGAUGCAAAGAAUGCAGUUGAAGAAUACGUUUAUUAUUUCAGAGACAAGUUAUCUGGACCAUAUGAAAAAUUUGUGUGUGAGCAGGAUCACAACUGUUUCUCCACGCUGCUGUCGGAGAUAGAAGACUGGCUGUAUGAGGAGGGAGAGGACCAACCUAAACAGGUCUACAUGGACAAACUAGCUGAGUUAAAAAAAUGUGGGACUCCCAUUGAAAACAGAUACCAAGAAGCAGAAGAACGCCCAAAGCUGUUGGCUGAGCUAGAGUACAAGGCUCAAAACUAUGCCAGGAUUACAGAAGAAUAUAGGAACAAGGAUGAGAAGUACAUCCAUAUUGAUGAAACUGAAAUCAGCAAAGUAGAUAAAUGUGUCAGUGAUACAAUGGAAUGGAUACGCAAUAUCCUGAACGCCCAAACAAAAAGGAGUCUUCAUCAGGAUCCUGUAGUGUGUGUAAAUGAAAUCAAAGGAAAGCUGAAAGAGCUACACAAUGUGUGUGAGUCUAUUGUAACCCAACCAAAACCAAAGGUAGACUCUCCCAAACAGGAAGAGCCACCGGAUGCAUCACCUACGAAUAAAAACGAAGAUAUAGAGGAAGAAAUUAAGAACAUUGAGACGGCACAACAAAAUGGUGACUGUCACAUAAAUGAGAGUCCAGUUAACAUGGACAUGGACUAGACCACUGCAUUUCAAUGAACAGCUUCAUCGUGGAAAAAAGACGUCAGCUGUAUUAUGUGAAACGGGGAAAAUGUAAUGUUUGGGGGAGCUAUUUAUAUUUUGUUUUAAAACACUAUGGAGUUCUGUUGUAUUAUUUGGGGAAUGGAUAUACUGAAAAAGUAGAAGUUGAGAUCAUGAUAAUCCUAAAAGGAAAAUUGCCUUGGCAACUUUCAGAUUCCUGUGGAAUUGUGAAUGCUUAAUAAAAUCUUCUGUGCGGGAAUUUAACCUUUUGUAUCAACCAAGGCUAUACAAGAUCAAGAUACUGCUGCAAAAGGUACAGCUCCUUUAAAAAGGGUUGCUCCUAGAGAUAGAUGCCAAGGUAGUUUUUCCUUUGUUGUCCAUUUUUGUUAUGUUUCUUCCAUUGACGGAUACAUUUAGUCAAAAGCUUACAUGAAACCAAACUUUUUUUUUAAAGUUCUUCGUACCAUUGCCCAUACUGUUUGCUAGAAUAAAAGAUGAGAAGGAAUAUGUCAAGCAGCAUGCAGAAUUGCUUAAGUUUUGUCUCUUGCUCAACAAGUACACUUUCAUGUCUGGAAAACUGAAUGAAGGUAAUAUAUACCCUUGUAUGUUCUUGUGAUUCCUUUAGUGAGCUUUAAUAAAGUUCAUCAAGAUGGUAUGGUUCUUUAAA